ACCCGCAAACGACGCACGUUCGACGCGCGAGAAAGUUUAACGAAUUUGGCGGUAAAACUAACAGACUAUCAAAAUCAACGCCAUCUUGAAAAUCUUUGAAAAAAAAAAACCCAUUUAUAAUUUUUAUUUAUAAAGAAUAUUUUUAAGUGUGGAUUUUAAUUAUUGUUAGUGUUUAGUGAAGUAACUUUGUGUGAACGUAUCAGUGACUUUCGCUGUUAAAAAAGCAGGAUGACUAACACACGCAAAUUAAAGAUAUGGGUGUGCCUAUUUUGUCUGGCGACGUCACUCGCAGCGCCCGCACCGCGCGCUCCACUGGAGCUUGAUAUAAUCGACAUGGCAGCCAUCAGCCGGAUGACGCCGCAGCAGUUAGAAGUGUUAGCUGAGGGGCUUGCAGCUGAAGAAAUUAUGAGGACAAAACGAUCGUCUGCUCAAGCUUUAAGUGCGGUCGCGUCGAAAGCAGCAUCGGGAAUUCAGAGCAAACUCGGUCUGUUGGGUCAAGCGUCUGCCGGAGCUGCCUCAUUCGUGGCCUCCGCCUCCAGUAAAUCUGGACACGGUGAAGAACAUGGAUAUUCUUAUGAACCACACGAUGAAAAAGUAGACUACUGGGGCUUAAAGAAGUCCAUCUUGUACACUUUGUUCCAAGCAGUGAAAGCUAUCACUGGAGGAGUUACAAUCUUAAAGGGUCAGCUGAUCAAAGGCGGUGGUGCGUUAGCGGCUAGUCUAGGCAGAGUGAUCUCGUCUAAAGGUGACGUGGUCAGCAAUAUAGGAAAGAAGAUCGUAAGCUCUGCAGCUUUAAGUCACAAGAAACCAGUAGCAGCGGUAGUAUACGGUCCUCCAUCUACCUCCCACGUAGAGUACGGACCACCACCUAGCGCCUACGCGGCGCCUACCGCGCCCGCCCACUACCCGCACACCUCUUCUGCCCUCUCCUCGCCUACAGGCUUCGCACCGCAUAAAUACCCUUCGCAUAUCGACGGACGAGGGAAGCUCGCCGGAGUGCACGCAGGCGUCGUGAUACUAGCGCCACUGGGUGACGCGGCGCACGGUGAAACACAUCAACAUUCUACAGUCGGACACACACCCUUAGAACCUCCUCCUUCCAUACUUAAUACAGUUUACACAGCUGUUAAAGACGUUUUCUCAUCCGCUUCCCCAUCAGUACAAUCAUCAGAACCGCAACAUCUCGCCAUACCUCCUCCCCCUUUACCAGAUUUCAAGCCGAUGUCAUGGGGCGCUGUAGACUCUUACGGUGAACCAGCGUCCACCGAUGCUUACCUAGAUUAUGAUCCAAGAAAUCCCCAACCGACUUUCGCUCAUGCUACUUCCAAACAUUCAAUAGUACCAACUUUACACAAGAAGGAAGGUUUAACACCAGCUAAAAUCCAAAAGAUUAAUCGCAAUUUAAGCAAAUUAGCCGCUUACAUGAACAAUAAUGUCCAAAGAUCCUUAGAUGUCGCCCCUCAGUUUAAUAAAGCUAUAUUUGAAGAGAUGCUAAUGAAGACAGGGAAAGCUUUCCUUCCGACUCCUACCUCUGACAAUGACGUCGGUGUCCUCCCCGCUGAGCUCCUACCUGACUUAGAUUUAACGACUUCCACGACAUCGACAACCACGACCACGACGACACCAAGAACAACGACUGACAACGACGCUAAUAGAAGAAAAGAUGUCAAAUUCUUCCUUCGUGGUAACAAGAUCGUUCAAGUUUGAACACGACUGACUUUUAAUAUUAGAAAUACCAUAUUACGGCGCGUCGCUCGGUGCAGAGCAAUUGCAGCAUUAUCUUCA